CAUCCCAGAGCACAGAACUGCAUGCAGAUGGUUCUUGAAUAUUUCCAGAGAGGAGACUCCACAACCUCUCUGGGCAAGAAGCGCUGUUCUGCUAGACGCCCCAAGAAAAGAAAUGGACUUUGCUUUAAAAGCAGAACAAGACGGACCAAAAGCGCCGCUAGCCGGGCCCGCCCCAAGGUGCUGCUAAAACCGCCGCCCGUCCCGACCGCCCCGUGCUGCUCCCGGCCCGGCCAGCCUCGCCCCGCGCGGGCUCCAUCUGCCCCGGCUGCUGCUGCGCUCCGCUGCUCUGUCUCGCCAUGGCCGCCUCCUCCUCCCCGGCGGCCGCGCUGCGCCCGGUCACUCACCUGAUCUUUGACAUGGACGGGCUCCUGCUGGAUACUGAACGUCUCUAUACAGAAGUAUUUCACGAGAUCUGUCAGCGUUUUGGAAAGACCUAUAGCUGGGAUGUGAAGUCCUCGGUUCUAGGUAGACAGGCCCCAGAAGCAGCAGAGCUUAUUCUAAGUUCUCUAGAUCUUCCAAUGACCAAAGAAGAGUUCUUAGAGGAGAGUAAAAUUAAGUUGGAGAAGAUAUUCCAUACUGCUGAGUUGAUGCCAGGGGUCAGUAAGCUGGUCCAUCAUUUACACAAACACAAGAUACCCAUAGCUGUUGCCAGCAGCUCGAGUGAAGCGUCAUAUCAGAUAAAAAUAACCAGACACAAAGACUUAUUUGGUCUUUUUCAUCAUGCUGUGUUGGGAGAUGACCCUGAAUUGAAGCGUGGCAAGCCACAUCCUGAUCCAUUUUUACUUUGUGCAAAGAGAUUUAACCCUCCUGCACCACCAGAAAAGUGUGUUGUGUUUGAAGAUUCACCACAGGGAGUCAAAGGAGCCCUGGCAGCAGGAAUGCAAGUGGUUAUGAUUCCAGAUGAAAAUUUAAAUCCAGAUCUUAGAAAGGAGGCAACACUGGUGCUGAAUUCCAUGGAAGAUUUCCAACCAGAACUGUUUGGUUUACCAGCAUAUGAUUGAUGCCUUAUGCCUAUGAACUUGUUCUUUACUGGAGAUAAAUUAAAAGUUAAAUGAAAUUUUAUUUUGAUUUUAUUAUUGUUUUUCAUCUUUUUCUCAAAACUAGAGCACAAAAAUCCUGUUAACACUCAGUCUUAUACACAUUACCUUUGAUAAAUUAUCUGGAAUGUUUAUGAUACGUCCUUUUGAUAAAUGCUAAAUUAAAGCAAAGUUAAGUGAAUCCAACCUUGUUCUAUUCACAUCAUAAUGUUUUCUGGGAAUAUUAUGAAACUAUUUAGACAAUUUAUUGUAACUGCAUUGGAAGCUUCUUGUUCUGUCUCCACCUGAAUUACUUACUGCUUACAUCAUAAUCAGAAAUCUGUUCUGGAUUGCCUUUUAUCCCAUUAAAAUGUUUUUGACACUGUUA